AUGUGGUUCAAUUAACUUAUGGAAGAACAAGAAAAAUUUUUUAACCAAGCCAUCAAGAAAUUUUGAUCUCAUUGGUGAUUUGAUGCUAAUUUGUGUCAGGUAUCCAAACCUCUGGGCACUAGUCAUUCUUGAUAUGGUUGCUAUUUUGCUUCUUGCUGAGAUCAUUCUGAAAAGUGUAGCUGUUCGCAAUCUCACAGUGGUGGCUAGAUUUGUGGUCAGGCCAGUGGCUUGGCUUUCCUUGAUAUUAUCUCUUGUGGGAAGAACUGUUACAUAUUUGUUAGUGGGAAUGCUUAAAGUACUUGGUCUGAAAGGGAAAAGGUGAAGGAAAUUGUAUCCUCCAUUUUGUCUGUUGCAUUUUUUGUUUCCAGUUGUUUGUUAGUGUUAAGUUUGUAUUGUCUGCUUUCUAAUUGCUUUGCAUGGUUUCCCUUUAAAUUCGUGAGCCUUAUGUUACUGAAGAUGAAUUGCAUUUUAACUGAACAUUAGUUAGCAGAUUUGUUCACUAAAGGUCUGCAAAAAUCCAGGUUUGAAACUCUUAGAGGAAAGCUUGGUGUCUGUUGCCUUAUUGUCAAGGAUUGUUGAAGUUAGGCAUGACACUAAGGCCACAGGCCUCCAUUUUCAUGCAUUGAUGUUCUUCAAGUCAGUUGAACUGAAAUGCAAGUAAGACAGCUCAGUUGGCAUCUUUUGUUAUAGUUUAAUAUCUUAGUUUAUUGAACAUGUGACUUUUGUCCUUUUGUAGUACUUUGCCUUUAUUGUAAGGAUCUUUGGAGACAUAGAUCCAUGUCUUUAGGAAAGCUGAUAGUUUACUUUUGUAAGCUGUGGGACUAUAUUUUGAAUUUCAAUGAAAUGAGCUUGUUCUG